AUGUCUGCAUCAUCGGUAGAGUACAAUGAGAAGAACAACAACCAUAAAGAACAACUGAGAAUCGACACGGACGAUUCCGCCUCCACGGCAAUUGCUGAAUCGUCCCUUCUACCUUAUAGACUUCCCGCCGAUAAGGUGGCAGAGCAGUUUGGCACCAAUGUGUGUGACGGGUUGACCUCGUCGCAGCACGCUGAACUCAUCAAAAAAUACGGGCCCAAUACGUUGGGCGAAGGCGAUAAAGUCUCGUAUACGAAAUGCCUUGCCCAUCAAGUGUUCAAUGCCAUGAUCAUGGUUUUGAUCAUCUCCAUGAUCAUUGCAUUGGCCAUCCGCGACUGGAUUUCUGGUGGUGUGAUUGGCGCUGUCGUAUUCAUUAACAUUUCCAUUGGCUUUGUGCAAGAAGUCAAAGCGGAGAAAACUAUGGGCUCAUUAAGGUCCUUGUCUUCUCCGUCGGCUAGAGUCACUCGGAACGGAGAUGAAGGGGACAUUCCCGCAGAAGACGUUGUCCCGGGUGACAUAGUCCACAUUAAGGUUGGUGACACUGUUCCUGCCGACUUGAGAUUGAUCGACACCAUGAACUUGGAAACUGACGAGGCCCUCUUGACAGGUGAGUCUUUGCCCGUCGUCAAAAACCACAACGAGGUGUACUCAAACCCAAAGGAGUAUGUGCCUGUGGGUGACAGAUUGAACAUGGCAUUUUCUUCUUCUGUCGUUGCUAAAGGAAGAGGUACUGGUAUUGCCAUCGCUACAGGGUUGCAAACUGAAAUUGGUCAGAUUGCCCAAUCCUUGAAAGGUGACAGCGGCGUCAUCAGAAAGGUUGAUAAGUCUGGUGACAAGCUGCCUGGUCCAAAGGAAUACUCCAACGCAUUUUUUGGUACAAUCAAGGACAUUAUCGGUAACUUUUUGGGUGUCACAGUUGGCACACCUUUGCAAAGAAAAUUGUCCUGGUUGGCUAUUUUCUUGUUUUGGGUUGCCGUUGUUUUCGCCAUUGUCGUUAUGGCCACUCAAGAAAUGAACGUCAAUAGAGAAGUCGCCAUCUACGCCAUCUGUGUUGCAUUGUCCAUGAUUCCAUCUGCUUUGAUCGUCGUCUUGACCAUCACAAUGGCCGUUGGUGCCCAAGUCAUGGUUUCCAGAAAUGUGAUUGUCAGAAAGCUCGACUCUUUGGAAGCCUUGGGCGGUAUCAACGACAUUUGCUCUGAUAAGACUGGUACGUUGACUCAAGGUAGAAUGGUAACCAAAAGAGUUUGGGUGCCAUCGGUUGGUACCUUCAGCAUGGAAAACUCAAAUGAAGCCUUCAACCCUACAGAAGGAGACUUGGGCUUCACUCAAUACUCUCCAAAGUAUAUUAAGGAAACUGAUGAGGAGAUUGACUUCUUGCCCAUGGAUAGAUCCAAUCCUGAUGUAUUCCCUGAGAACUUCAAGAAAUGGUUGAACGUUGCUACCUUAGCGAACAUUGCCUCCGUCCACCAAACCAAGGACGAAAACUCAGGUGAGUUGGUGUGGAAGGCCCACGGUGAUGCUACUGAAAUUGCCAUUCAGGUCUUUUGCUGCAGAGUUGGUUUCGGAAGAGAUGAAUAUUCCAAGAGUUUCAAGCACAUCGAGGAAUAUCCCUUUGACUCCUCCAUCAAGAGAAUGUCCUCCAUUUGGGAAAUGGGAAACGAGACCAAGAUUUUCACCAAAGGUGCUGUGGAAAGAAUUAUUCGCAAAUGUACCAAAUGGACAGGAAACCCUGAAGAGAAAACUGACACUGACAAGCUCGUUGAUUUGACCGAGGACGACAUUGCCGAGAUCGAAGCUAACAUGGAUGCUUUGUCCUCGCAAGGUUUGCGUGUGUUGGCAUUCGCUAGUAGAGACUUCGACCACAACAAGGAUAAACUUGAAGACAGAGACUCCAUCGAGGACAAUUUGAUCUUCCAUGGCUUAGUCGGUAUUUACGAUCCACCAAGAUUGGAGACGGCUCCCUCCGUUAAGAAGUGUCAUAAAGCUGGUAUUAACGUCCAUAUGGUUACCGGUGACCAUCCAAGUACUGCGAAGGCUAUUGCUCAGGAGGUUGGUAUAUUGCCACACAACUUGUACCACUACUCCGAUGAAGUAGUAAAGGCUAUGUGUAUGACUGCCAGCGAGUUUGACGAGUUGACUGAUGAGCAGAUUGAUGCAUUGCCCGUUUUGCCUUUGGUUAUCGCUCGUUGUGCUCCGCAGACGAAGGUCAGAAUGAUUGAUGCUUUGCACCGCCGUGAAAAAUUCUGCGCUAUGACUGGUGACGGUGUCAAUGAUUCUCCAUCCUUGAAAAAGGCAGAUGUUGGUAUUGCUAUGGGCCAGAACGGUUCUGAUGUUGCUAAGGAUGCGUCCGAUAUUGUUUUGACUGACGACAACUUCGCUUCCAUCUUGCAUGCUAUUGAAGAAGGUCGUAGAAUGGCUGCUAACAUUCAGAAGUUCAUUUUACAACUUCUUGCUGAAAACGUUGCACAGGCUAUCUACUUAAUGGUUGGUUUGGCAUUCCAGGAUGAUGAUGGACUCUCUGUGUUCCCAUUGUCUCCUGUUGAGGUCUUGUGGAUUUUGGUUGUUACGUCCUGUUUCCCAGCCAUGGGUUUGGGUCAAGAAAAGGCUGCUGACGACGUCUUGGAGCAGCCUCCAAACCGCCACAUUUUUACCCCUGAAAUCAUCAUUGACAUGUGCGCUCUCGGUCUCUUCAUGGCUAUCAGCUGCAUGCUUUCUUUUGUUGUUGUUGUUUUUGGUAAAGGUGACGGAAACUUGGGUCACAACUGUAACAACAGUGAUGGCGUUAGCUGUAACUUGGUCUUCAGGGGAAGAUCCGCUUCGUUCGCUACCAUGACGUGGUGUGCCCUCGUUCUUGCCUGGGAAUGUAUUCACCCAACCAAUUCCUUGUUUUACAUGAGACAGGACACUGACAAUCCAUGGUGGAAGCAAACUGCUAUUGAUCUUUGGGACAACCAGUUUUUGUUCUGGUCAGUCAUCGGUGGUUUUGUUACUGUGUUCCCUGUUGUCUACAUUCCAGUUAUCAAUGACAAAGUUUUCCUUCACGACCCAAUAGGUUGGGAAUGGGGAUUGGCCAUUGCUUGCACGCUCUUUUUCUUGCUUGCUGCUGAAGCAUGGAAGUGGGGUAAGAGAAUCUACAAAAGAAAGUGGAGCCCCAAGGUUAAAAAUCCAGAAUACGAGUUGGAAAGAAAAGAUCCAUUCCAGAGAUAUGCAUCUUUUUCCAGAUCGAACACCCUCGACCCGGAUAUGCUUGCUUAA